AUUAGAAGCGCAGCUUUUUACCACGUUCUCUUCCGGGUUUAGUACUUGCGCGAACUCGGUUUAAAUCACAUCGGUUACCAAACAAGUUAACAAAAAAAUUAAAUUAGUUUCAUUUUUAAUUCAAGGCAAAUAAUACUCGUUAAAGAUAAUCUCGAAUAAACAAUAAAAAUGCGAUUGAAAAAAAAAUUAAAUAAAUAAAUUUGCGAUGAAUUUCGAGUUGUUUAGAAUUUUGUUAAUAAAAAUAUUAUUGGUUUUAAAGCCAUCGCAAAUUGAAUCAUUUAAAUUCGCUGGUUUAAAGUUUAUUUCAACUGCGAACGACGCCGCCAGGGUUAUAAAGAAGACGGCGGAUUAUGGAAAUUUAAGGGUGCGGGUAAGCGUGCCCCAAUUUAAAGUGUACGAUGAAAUAGCCCAAUUUCUUUGCGAGUACAAUUUAAAACCCGAAAGUCUUUACUCGGUCAAAUGGUACAAGGAUAAUGAAGAGUUUUAUCGUUAUGUGCCAAAACGAAAACCACCAGCAACAAGUUUUAAAGUUGAAGGAGUUAAUGUUAAUAUAAACGCAUCUGAUAGUAAAAGGGUCCUUUUAAAAUCGGUUGGAUUAAAAACAUCCGGUUUAUUUCGAUGUGAAGUUUCCGCUGAAGCUCCUUCUUUCGCUUCUGCACAAAGCGAAGCUCGAAUGGAAAUUAUUUAUUUUUCUAAGCACCCACCAACGAUUUCAAAUAUACAAAAAAAUGGGGCUGAAAUCAAUUUAAAUUGUACUUCGGGAAAAACUUUUCCAAUGUCAACUCUUUAUUGGUACAUUAAUAAUAAAAAAAUCGAUUCUGGAUCGAAUUUGAUUCAAUAUCCGCAUUACAAGGACGAACAAGGAUUAAUAACGACUACUUUGGGGUUAAAAUUUAUUUCGAAAUCGGAAUAUUUUAGUAUGGAAAUAAAAUGCGUUUCGAGUUUAUGGCCUUUGCCCUUAAAAGUAUCAAGAAAUGAACAUUUGGAGUUUUGGAAAUCGAAAGGAAUUCAAGAAACCGUUUUAAUUGUGACUAAUUCAUCUUUUUCAUUGAGAUUCUUACCUUAUUUCAUCACAAUCUCCGUUUUGAUUUGUCUUUAUUUAUAAUAAUUAUAAAAUUAAACACAGAUUUGACAUAAAAAAAGUUUUUGACAUUGACAAGUAUUAAUUGUAAUAGUUAUAAUGUGAAGUUAGCUAUACAAAUUUAUACAUCAUAAUUGUCUUAUUGUUCUUUAAGUUUUAUUUGUGAAAUUACUUUAGAUAUAAUAAAAGGGUGGAAACUACCCUUAUCAAGA